AUGUCGAAACUCUUGACGGAAGACCUUUUCAACAACCCGCUUCAAAGAACGGAGGACGAUGUUGCGGGUGACGAUGCCACUCACUUUUCAACGACUUCUCUGGAUGCACCUCAAAUUUCGCCGACCCAAGAGGACCAACGAACGCAUCGCACUGAGGACAUCAAUGUCGACUUGGAUGCGGAUAAUACUAUCACUGUGGACAUUUCCGAUGCUCUCUCGGAACGUGACAAGGUGAAAUAUACGGUCCAUUCGCGCACGAAGGGGUUUCCUGAAAUGAAGGGAGAGGCGUCGGUUGUUCGUGAACACGAGGAAUUUAUCUGGCUCCACUCUUGCCUGGACGAAAACGAGAAUUACGGCGGCUUCAUCAUCCCCCCGGCGCCGCCUCGCCCCGAUUUUGACUCUUCGCGCGAGAAGUUGCAAAAACUUGGCGAAGGCGAAUCGACGAUGACGAAGGAAGAAUUUGGCAAGAUGAAGCAUGAACUUGAACAGGAAUACCUUGCUACUUUCAAGAAAACGGUGGCCAUGCACGAGGUGUUCCUUUGUCGCAUUGCUGCACAUCCCGUUUUCCGGCACGACACGAACUUCCGCAUAUUCCUCCAAUACGAAGAUGAUCUGUCUGUCCGCGGAAAGAACAAGAAAGAAGUUGUCGAAUCGUUCUGGAAGCGUGUCACUCAAUCGGCCGAUGGAGUUUUGCUUUCAGGACAGAAGGAUGUGGACGACUUCUUUGAGCACGAGAGGAAUUACCUUGUUGAAUAUCACUCGCAUAUCAAGGAGGCUACGUCUAAAGCCGACAAAGUUGUGCGUCUGAGAAAAGGCUGCGCCGAUUCCUAUGGAAAGAUUGGAGAUUGCUUGGAGCGGAUGGCUCGUGGUGAAGCUGACAAAUCCUUGGCACGUACUCUCGUCCGAGGAGCGGAUGGUAUGCAAAAACUGAAGAAGGUAGAAGCACGCACCGGCAAUGAUAUGGAGCUGAAGUUGGCCGACACUUUGUGGUAUUUCCAGCGCGACACGCAAGCUGCCAAGGAUCUUUUGUAUCGACGAAUGCGGUGCCUUGCCAACUAUGAAGCUGCCAACAAAAACCUCGAACGGGCCCGUGGACGCAACCGCGACAUUCCGAAGGCCGAGUCCGAACAACAGGAGGCCUGCAAGAAGUUUGAAGAUAUUUCGGCUCUUGCGAAGACUGAAUUGAAGGAUCUGAAGAAGCGGCGCGUUGCGGCAUUCAAGAAAAAUCUGAGCGAGUUGGCGGAUCUGGAGAUCAAGCAUACCAAGACUCAAAUCAACUUUCUGCAAGAGACAAUCCAAGCUUUGCGUGAAGUCUCCGUC